AUGUAUUUACAAGUUGCCACUCUUGUCGUUAUACUUCACUACGUCGACUCUUCAUUGCCAUUCUGCUAUCGGCAACAUCCAAGUGACGAGAAACGGAUAUGCAUCACACCCAACAUAUCGGCAUGCCAUACUUGGAUAAAUAAUCAGUACAAUGGAUUGAGCAAGGGCUCAGUUACAGGGAAUUCAAAUAGUGCAUAUUCAGAUACAGUAUCAAUUUUUCUGCUGAAUUACUAUAUGAAGAACGACUGGAGAGCGUACUGGAAAUCGGCCACGGUGUACACGUUUUCAAACGCUAUACGGCAUGAGCCACUCUCAUACCUGACGGUUUUCCUCUUUACAGUACAGUUCGCCACAUUUCUAAAACACUUCUAUCGUUUGUAUGUCAAAACAUGGAGAAAGUGGUAA